ACCGAUUUUUCCUCGUCAUUCGUCGGAAUCAUUCGAACUUUGAAAAUGGAUCGGUAGCUGGGAAGGAACUUAAAGCGAAAUACGCAAAGAAAACGGCUUUUGUCCGCUAUUCAGCGAUUUUUUUUGUGUUGUAAUCAGCAGAGGAAAUUUCAACGACCAACUCCACCACUAGCCACUUCCAGCAGCCCCAGAAAAUAAUAGAAUUACCCUGCACCAUCACAUAUACCACCUACAACUACAACCACAGCUACCACUCACUACUGCACAGCCAAGCCCACAAAGGAAAGGUGAAACGCAAAAGUCGAGAAGAAAAAAAAAGCAGAAAAUAAAGCCAAUUCAGAUAACCGAAAAAGCGGUGCAAAUAGAUAAACCCCAUUUUGCUUGCGCUUUUUUUCGCCCGAGUGAUGAGAGAAAUCAGCAGCAACCAGCGAUUACAACAACAACAGCAACACCAACGACGACUCAACCACCAAACUUGACCAACGAGAGAGAGGGCACCAGAAUCGAAUCAGUUUGCACAACUACAAAAACAGCCGCCGCAUUUCUUGGCAAUUGGAUUAAAAAGUAGAGGAAAACAAAAAACAUCCCAUAGGCGGCCACCAUUUUGAAUGAGCUGAAAGAAGAGCGAGAGCGCGGGAGAGAGCGAAACAGCGCUCAUUUGUUGCACUACGCAUUGCAGCUGGCCGCGGCGUAACCGUUAAACCCUUUUUCCAGCUUGGAACUCUCUUCCUGUCUCCGUCUAAUCGCGUCCAGGAAAACGCCGUAUACCAUCAACGAGAAACACUACAACAACGCCAUGGUGGAGCUGGAGGAGCAAAAGUCCGGCACAGCUGCCUCUGCCGGCGGUGCAGCUGCUGCGCUGCAGCGCAACAACGCCAACAAUAACAACAACCCCCGUGGAUCUGGGGACAGCGGCAUCCGCAGUGGCAGCGGCAUUUCCUGCAGCAACACGGACAACAGCUGCAGCCAGAGUCAGUCAGACGGGCAGAAUGAGUUGACGCGCUACAGCAGCGAGGAUGUGUCGGGCAAUGAGUCGAGUGAGGCGCCCAACAUGACCGAGAUGGAGCGGCAGGCGGAGCUGAAUAGGCACAAGGAGGAGAUGCAGAAGAAACGACGAAAGAAACGCAUCAGUUCCUCCCUGCAUUCGUCAACGUUCCAAGAGCUGUACAAGCUGACUGGCGAAAUACUGGGCGAGGGAGCUUACGCAUCGGUACAAACUUGCGUGAACAUCUAUACCGAUCUGGAGUACGCCGUGAAGGUGAUCGAUAAGAUACCGGGGCAUGCACGUGCGCGUGUCUUUCGCGAAGUGGAGACAUUCCAUCAUUGCCAGGGCCAUUUGGGCAUCUUGCAACUGAUCGAGUUUUUCGAAGAUGACGAGAAGUUCUACCUGGUAUUCGAGAAGAUCAACGGGGGUCCAUUGCUGACGCGCAUCCAGGAGCACAUCUGUUUCUCCGAGCACGAGGCAUCGCAGAUAAUCAAGGAGAUCGCCUCCGGGCUCGAUUUUCUGCACAAGAAGGGCAUCGCCCAUCGUGAUCUCAAGCCGGAGAAUAUCCUGUGUGUCAAGACGGACUCGCUGUGCCCAAUCAAGAUUUGCGACUUUGAUUUGGGAUCGGGAAUUAAGUUCACUACGGACGUUUCAUCUCCAGCAGCCACUCCCCAGCUUUUGACACCAGUUGGCAGCGCCGAAUUCAUGGCUCCGGAAGUGGUUGAUUUGUUUGUGGGAGAAGCCCAUUCCUACGAUAAAAGGUGUGAUUUGUGGUCUCUGGGAGUCAUUGCUUACAUCCUGCUUUGCGGCUAUCCGCCGUUUUCGGGCAACUGUGGCGAGGAUUGCGGCUGGAAUCGCGGUGAGAACUGUCGCACGUGCCAGGAGCUACUAUUCGAGUCCAUUCAACAAGGACACUUUUCCUUUCCGGAGGCCGAGUGGCACGAUGUGAGCGAGGAGGCCAAGGACCUGAUUUCCAACCUGCUAGUCAAGCAGGCCUCAAGUCGCCUAAGUGCCGAGGCAGUCUUGAAUCAUCCCUGGAUUCGUAUGAGCGAACAAGAGCCGCCGGCCAAGCAAUCACGCCGCCACAAGGCUCUGCAAACACCCAGUAACAUUCGACGCAACCACCAGUCGGCGAGGGAAAUCUCGCAAUUUGCCGAAUCGGCCAUGGCCGUCAAGCGUGUGGUCCUACAGCAUUUCUCGAUGCGCUACGACUACAUGAAGGAGCGUCCGAACAUCUACCAGCCGUCACAGGCUUACAUGGAUGCCUACAGCGAUGAGAAUUACAAUCCCAAGCCGCCGGCUCACUACACUCGCAGUCGCUCACAGCGCAAUCCCGCUGCCUCGCUGUCCAGCUACGGCGGGCGUAUCUCCUCGAUGCACGGCCAAAGAGCCAGUAGCCGUCAGUCAUCUCGAAAUGGCUCUCGCAAUGCAUCUGCAAUUUAUCCAAACAGCGGGGGCUUUAAGACUCUCAAUGUGCACGAGGAAGAUGACGACGAUGAAGCCCUGGAGGCCUUUGGCAGAAUCGAUGAUGAUGACGAUGAGUGGGCCAGGGAGACGAGGAAGUAUCAGCAACAGCGCGCGGAUCACUACAGGCGACAGAGCGGAAGCGAGGGGGAUGAUGUGGAGGAGGACGAUGGAGAGAGCGAGGACUAUCAGCACUACAAGCAUUAUUGGCGUGAGCUGGACGAGGACGAGGGCGAUGAUCAUCUGUAUGAGCAGCGCAACGGGAUCAUAGCCGAGGAAGAGGAGGAGGAGGUCAACGAGGAGUGGAAGAAGGAGGAUAAUAAACUAGCUGACAAUCUUAAGCUAUCGCAAGCUUACGUGGAACAAGUUGGCGUUGCCAAUGUGGAAAACUCGAAGCCACAUCAGGAUAACGGCGGGUAUGAUAAGGAGGAACUUAUUAUGGAUAAUAUGGAAACAGAGGUAACAACACAGCAAAGCGAAUUUGCUAAACUCACCACAAUGCGCAAUGAUGCGCAGGAGGAGGAGAAGGAGAUUAAGCAGCAGGAGAUGGACAAGGAGAUGAACGAGAAGAAGCAGCAGGAUGAUGUUGAUGGGGCUAAGAGGCAAGGACCAUCAAGUGAUAUUAGUGCUACUACCAUCACCGAUAAUAACAAGCAGCAAACACCAGUUAUGACUACCACACACAUUAACAACUGGCAAACUGGCGAUGCAAAUGAAGAUGAUGAUGUUAAACUAUUGGAUAGUAUUAGUGAUUUAAAAGAAAAGCUACCUGAAAUUUAUGAGACUGCAAAUAUUGUUGUCAACUCAGCGGCAGUGCCAGCAGCACCAACAGCAGCAGCAGCAGCAUCAGCAGCAGCAAACGCAGCAUCAGCAACACGCCCACCAAUCGAUAAACCAGAAACAGAUGAUUCGAACGCUAUCAAACCGACGACUGCUGCUGAGGGGACAACAAUGCGAACGACUUUUGGCAAGGCGGCGGAGGAGGAUAAGCCUCCGACCCAAUCCCAGACCCAGACCACGGGCCACCACAGUAAGGCCGGCCGCAAUGUUUACUUUGCCCUCGAUGCAUAUCAGAACGAUGAGGAUGCCGAUAUCGACGAGGACGACGACUACGACGAAGAGGAGGAGCCGCUGCCCUCUGUUGCCAAUGCAAUGCAUAACCGUAAGCAGCGGUCGCAGCUCGACCGGUACUAUGCGCCGCGCUACCAGCGGUCAGAUCCGGUCGCUCCCAAGCAGCAGACCGAGAAUUGGCGCUAUCGCACCCAUCACUCGCAGGAACAGCAGCCGGCAGCGGGCUAUCGCAAGUACCGUCCACCCUUUAGCACCGGAGGCGGAGGUGGUCACCAUGGCAAUCAGCAGCGGAACUAUUUGGGCAGCUUCUCGCAUAGCGGCGGUGCCGCUGGCUACAAGAUUGCUCCGAUGCAGCCGCCGAAGCAGCCGCCACAGCAACUGGCGGCACGACACAACAGCGUUGGAAGCAGCGGCAGUGGCAGCGGAGGAUCGCCUCCGUCCGACGAACAGUCGUCGAUCCGUAACUGGCGCCAGGAUUGCGUCUACGCCCGCAGCUGCGGCAUGAACCAGCCCCCGGAGCAGCAGCGGCACAUCCGUUCGACUGGCCAGAGGAGCCAGCAGCAGCCGCGUAUCGGGAGCGGUCGCUUUGCCCACUUGCAGGCUUCCCAGUUGAUCGAGGAGUUACCGGACAUGCGGAUCGGCCUUUCGCCGCCCAGUGACAGUGUUUUGCUUCAGCGACGCCUGCGCCAACAGCAGCGGGCCAACGAUCUGUCCGAGUACUGCGAGCCGGCCACCGCCAGUGGUUAGGUCGGUCCUGUUUAGACAGAGAACUCUGUUUUUCACGCACAUUCUCUAAAAACAACUUUCCAGUUCUUUCAUUCUUUUUGGUGCAACAUUUCACAACCACUUACGUUUCAAUCAAAAGU